AUGAACUUCCUAAGCUUUCUGUGCGUCGUAGCAACAUAUGGAAAUGUUGCGGUGGCACAUCCGACACAGGAUAUGUUACCCAUGCCCAAUCUACCACCUUCAUCAUGGAAUACCCACACGCACUGUUUUGACCCGGAGCGCCAUCCAUUCAAGAGCUCACGCGCCUAUACUCCGCAAGCCGCUCCACUGCACGAUCUGAUUGAGAAAUCACCAUCCGACAAUGCCAUGAUCGUGCAAGCAACGAUUGAAGAUGGCUAUAGUGGGCUUUUGGAAACCUUGACCAAUGGUCACAGAGAAUACCCUGAGAAACAAAUACGCGGCACCAUCUCCUGGGAUCCCGAGGACCUCAGUUUAAGGAACAAAACGGACUCUGAAUGGGACCUUUUAAAUGAGGCCGGAGUACGAUCUGUGAGGAUCCAUGGCUCGUAUGGUGGAUCUGGCGAUGAUCUUGAGUGGGUUCGCAAGAACUUUGUUGACGUGGCUACCUACUGUCCUUUGGAGAGAUACGGAUGGAGUAUCUCAUCUCAACUGCCACUCAAAACAUGGUCAAAAAUGACAGAUUCCAUUUUGAACCACCCCAAGCUGAAAAACAUAGCUAUCAUCGCAGACCACAAUGGUUCGGCAACUCCCGAUGAUUACAACACCACUGAGUUCAACGACUUUCUCAGCCUUAUGAAAGCUGGCAGACUUCAUGUCAAAACAGGAGCUUUGCACCGCCGAUCAGAGGAUAUAUCUCUUAUGGAGCCUGUUAUCAAAUCCUUUCUCGAGGCUGCGCCUUCUGGCGUUGUUUGGGGCAGUGAUUGGCCUCACGUCAAUGCCACUGCCAAAGGACUCACUCCAGCACCUCCACUUGAAGUUGACACUGGCAAAGAACUUCGUUUGUUGAGUGAGUGGCUUACGAAAGAGGAGUGGGUGAAGGUGUUUGUGUUUAACCCAGCAAGAAUAUUUGGUCCAUAG